UUUCCAUUGAAUACAAUUAUUGUGAACAUAUUUCUUCCACAUUCCUCAUUCGAAGAUAAUCCAAUUAUAUCUUACGAGGAGGAAGAGGAAGAUUAAAUAAAAUGGUGUUUACAGGAACCCUCGACAAAUGUAAGGCAUGUGACAAAACGGUGUAUGUGGUCGAUAUGGUAACAGCCGAUGGGGUUCUUUAUCACAAAACUUGUUUCAAAUGCAGCCAUUGCAAUGGGAGGCUCAUGACCGGUAGAUUUUCAUCAUUGGAUGGAGUUCUAUAUUGUAUGCCACAUUUUGAGCAACAUUUUAAGAAAAACGGCACUUAUUCCAAUAAUAAGUCUCAAUCAUCUGCAAAACGUGAAUUGAGCAAGUCUUCUAGCAAGCUUUCAUCAAUGUUUUCUGGGACCCAAGACAAAUGUGCUACUUGUAAGAAAAUUGCAUACCCCCUUGAGAAGAUUGUUGUAGAGGGAGAAAAUUACCACAAGUCAUGCUUUAGGUGUGCAAAAGGAGGUUGCUUUCUUUCUGCGUCAAAUUAUGCUGCUCUAGAUGGAUAUUUGUAUUGCAAACCUCACUUUGCCCAACUAUUUAAGGAAAAGGGAUCAUAUAACUACCUCAAAAAUUCUAUUUCAAUGAAGAAAAAUAAUUUUGCUCCUCCAUCUUUAGAAGAAAAUAAGCAACAUACAACUUCGGAACUUGAAGUAGCACAAGGAAAAGAGAAAGAAUCAUCACAAGAAGAGUAGUGAUUUGUUACCGUAUGCCUCAAAUGCAACCUCUUUGUUUGCUUUUGCAAUUUCAUAUUCCUAUAUUGAACCUAUAUAGAUCAUAUGUAACGCGAGGUUAUUAUUAGAUCUUAAAUUAGGCGCUUAGUUUUUAAACAAAAUUUUCAUUUGAGUUAAAGAACAAAAAUCAUGUUCUUUAAUUUGCAUUUGAUUGAGGAUUAUGCAUUAUGGGAGGCUGUAUUACAACUUCUUUACUUAGAGGAUGUGAAACAUCACCUUGUUGAAUUGGAACGACAUUGAGGUGUACUUUAAUUUUGAGUUUGUGGCCAUAUUUUGAUUUGGAAGAAGAUGUAUUUUUGUAAGUUGUAAGAAUUUCAAUGUGGUUCAAUUUUAAGUGAGUUAAUAAAUUUAUUUAUUAUUCCUUUUCAA